AUGGCGCAACACCGGGAUUUGGGUCACAUACUUGCAGGUUUCAACAGUAUAGCUGAUGCAAAAGUAAUGCUCCGCACAUUUUGGACUCGCUACCGGAAAAUCUGUCCUGGCUUUCAACUUUGGCAACAACUUGACCAGGGAGUCAAAAAGAUGGAAGAAUGUGUACCAUUAUACCUUCAUGGAGAUGAGGGGGUUACCUACAAGCGUGGUGGGGUAUUAAUAUUGUCAUUUCAAUCCCCGUUAGGAUUCGGUACAUCGAAGGGUGACAAGGAUCUAUCCCUGAACUUGCAAGAUCUUGGAGAAGCAGGGCUUCCACUGAAUUUCAACAAGAGUGGCAUGUACACACGCAUGCUUAUGGUUGUGUGCCCCAAGGAUAUGUACAAGGAAGAUCCAAGGGUGUGGAAUGCGAUCUUUGAGCGGGUUGUAGCUGAUUUUUCACAUCUUGAAGAACAUGGAUUAGACCUGGGCACUGAUGGCAAAAUUUUCCCCAUCAUUAUUGGCAACAAAGGUGAUUGGUCAUACCUGGUCACUUCGGGAAAUUUAGAGAGGUCGUACCGAAGGAGUCCAAAAGGUGCAAAGGAAGAAGGUAGAGAUGUAGAAGGUGCCGGAAUUUGUCACCUUUGCCUUGGAGGCCAAUCCUUUGAUUGGGAGAAUUUGCAAAUGGCUGAAAAAGCCAUGGCAGAAAGUCGAGAGCAUGCCCUUCCAGUUCCAUGGUUUCGCGAAGCUGCCAUGACACGUAUGUUGAUCCAUGACUCUGGCUGCAAUGGCAAGUCUCGGUUCUAUAAACUUGACUUGUGGCAUGGAUUUCAUCUAGGCAUUGGCAAGUCAUGGGCAGCAGGUGGGCUCUUGAUGAUUCAACAGUUCCUUGAAGGGGGCAACAUGGAUGACCGCUUCAAACAAAUGUCUGCUAUGUACGUGCAGUUUUGUAAGGCCAACAAAAUUGACAAGAUCAUCUCCAAAAUUGAUAAGUAUCUUUGUGGAGGCGGUGGGAGUGCAGAACCUUUGGGAACAUGGAACAAAGCAGCCGUCACUACAAACCUGUGCCUCUUCAUGGAAUGGUUUUUCACUGAGAAUCCUGAUGUGGUUACCCAUGAUGAUGGUGUCUACUACAUGGCACAUGGAACUGCAAAAAUCAACUCUACAUUUCGACGUUUGUACAGUGGAGAUUUAUGGCUUCGCCGUGAAUUGGGUCUUGAAAUUGCAGGGGAAUUACUUCAGUUCAUUCGAAGCUAUUGCUUUGAAGCAUGGUUCCAUUUACAAAAGGGUCAAAGCCGGUUUGGUAUGUACCCCGAGCUGCAUUUAUUACACGAGGUUCAUGGCCAAAUGAUUUGGGAAGCUUCCAAGUCUGAAUGGAUUUACAAUCCCAUUGCUGAGACUUGCUCAAUGGAUGAGGAUUUUGUGGGACGAUGUGCAAUCUUGACCAGGAGUGUAUCUCCAAGACUAAACUCUUUAAGAUCCCUUCAGCGAUACCUCGCGCAGAUUCAGAUGAGCUGGCGGCACUGA